GGGCCUGAAUGAAGUCUUUAAAAAUCUUCAAAGGACAAAGUUAACCUGAACCAAUACUUUAAGAGCAGCACAGAAACCAGGACCAGGGACAGUUGGAAGUGGAGACAGACUUUGAACAGAGGAGAGUGAAGUCCUGAGACCAUGAAGAUGAGAGUUGCUGUGUUGCUGGCUGUGAUCGCUAUGUUCUGUGCUGCCGACGCUCAGACAUACCCUCAGGAUGAUCUGAUGAGCAGCCUGACAGAAUCUGUGGACUCUAAAGCGAUGCAGAAAGUGACUCUGUCCUGCAUUACUGUCCCAAGUAGAGGCUACAAGGCGGAAUGUCCUAAAGGUUACAAGGUGAUGUGCUGCUCCUGCACUAAUCCCGGCUGCUACUGGGAUAUCAGCAAUGACCAGACCUGCCUCUGCCAGUGUGCAAAGCCGAUUUCGACCACUGUAAACCGGAUCGGGGUCAUUGCACGCUGCUGCAAGAUUGCCAUGUAGAAACCAGAAAAUGCCAGAAUCCACGUCUGGAUCUUGAAGCAUUCUAGAACACAAAUGUGGUUUAAAGAUUAGUGCGAGGGCUUUCAGUUUUCAAGCUCCUUCACUCUGGAACUCUCUUCCAGCUUUUAUCCGGAAUGCUGAGUAUUUUUAACUUUUAUAUCUCUUUGAUUUGGCCUUUCCCUAGUGAAUAGUCUGGAGCUCUUUUGGCUUGCUGUGUAUUUCUGUAAAGCGCCCUGGGAUGCUUGCACAGGAAGGACGCUGUAUAAAUGAUACUGUAUGGUCAUUGUUAUGGUAUUGAAUAAAAAGCUUCUAAAAAAUAAAUACUUUUCUCACUCA